AUGAUAGGGCUUGAGGGUUUGAAGAGUGAGGAGUUAGACAAGUGCUUUGAGAGGCUGAUGGUGUUUGGCGGUGGUGGAAUUGGUGGUGGGAAGAUGGGUGGUGGUCGGGGGGUGAUCACUGAGUGGAAGGACAUACCCAUGGAGCUUUUGUUGAGGAUUGUUUCACUGGUUGAUGAUCGGACGGUGAUCGUGGCUUCUGGGGUUUGUAGUGGAUGGAGGGAUGCUAUUUGCUGGGGACUCACCCAUCUUUCCUUCUCUUGGUGCAAGGAAAAUAUGAACAACUUGGUCCUGUCUCUUGCUCCAAAAUUCACAAAACUGGAGGUUUUAAUUCUGCGACAUGAUAGAUCACAACUUCUGGAUAACGCUGUUGAGACUAUUGCAAAUUGCUGCCAUGACCUGCUAGACCUGGACCUCAGCAAGAGCUUCAAGCUCACUGACCAGUCCCUAUAUGCCUUAGCUCGUGGUUGUCCAAAUCUUAUGAAGCUGAAUAUCAGUGGGUGCUCAGCCUUCAGUGAUAUUGCUGUCGCCUAUCUGUCUGGUUUUUGCAGAAAACUAAAAUCCUUGAAUCUCUGUGGAUGUGUGAAAGCUGCAUCUGACAAAGCAUUGAAGGCUAUCGGUUAUAACUGCAAUCAAUUGCAGUCUUUGAAUCUAGGAUGGUGUGAGAAUGUUGGUGAUGUAGGGGUGAUGAGUUUAGCAUAUGGAUGCCCUGAUCUAAGAGCCCUGGACUUAUGCGGUUGUGUUCUUAUAACAGAUGAGAGUGUAAUUGCUUUGGCAAACAAUUGCCUUCAUCUCAGAUCCCUUGGUCUCUACUACUGCCAGAAUAUCACGGACAGAGCAAUGUAUUCUUUGGCUCACAGUCGAGUGAAGAACAAGCAUGAAGUGUGGGAGUCCGUGAAAAGCAGGUACGAGGAGGAAGGGCUUAUUAAUCUGAACAUUAGCCAGUGCACAGCCCUUACUCCUCCGGCUGUUCAGGCCUUGUGUGACUGUUUUCCUGCACUCCACACCUGCCCAGGACGACAUUCCCUCAUCAUAAGUGGCUGUUUGAGCUUAACAUCUGUGCACUGUGCCUGUGCUGUUCAAGCACAUCGUGCAGCCAACGCACUUCCUAAUGCAGCUCAUUAAACAAAGUGCCAAAUAGACACCUCAUGCAAAAACAAGCUCGUGUACAUAAGGUUGUGUUGGAGACUCAUUUUAAUUUAGCUGAAUGUAGCAGCCUUGCUUUGUUGUGACUCUCAUAUUCUGAAAGUUGGAUGUGUUACUGAAGGAUCUCAUUUCAUUCCUGUACAUUCUGAACGGCAUUAUGGAUGUGUUUACUGCUUAUAUUUGUGUCAAGGAAAUGGGUUAUAUCGCUUCUGGCAGUUUUUCAGGCUAAUUCCUUUGGUAUGCUCUGUCUAGGACAAAUGUAUGCCAAGUUGGGAGAAGUCGGUCUUUAUCAACAGGGACUAAAUUGGUUUCUUAGCUUGCCCCUUGUGCCUUUGGAGUUGGAAGUUGACAGCUCCAAUAGUUGGGGACAAGAGUCUUUUGUGUUUUCAGUAAGAGGAAGAGGGUAAGGUAUCCGCUCUUCCCUGCACUGGAGUACAUGAGUAUGCUGGUAGUUCUUUUCCUGCGCAUUACUGCCUCUUACAAUUUGGGUUAUUGGUUGAAGUUUUGAGUCUUUUGACAGGGAAAACAGCACUUUUAAGGUGAAUACUACGGUUCAGAGAGAAGCCCCGAGAUUUGUGAAUUCGAAGUUUCAGCUGUAGCCUGUAGGAGUGGGUUGUUUCCUGAUUUGCAGAUGUUAGCUUUUGUUUUCAGCUGUAGCCUGUAGGAGUGGGUUGUUUACUGAUUUGCAGAUGUUAGCUUUUGUUUUUUUUUUCUCUAUGUUUUGCUACGGGUACUGUCUAUAGUUCACAUUAGAGGCGGUUUAUUUCAAUAGUUUGAGCAAUUUUUGUAAAGCCAUGUUGAUCUGGCCAUGGAGGAAAUCAGCAAUACUAGGACUACAAACUGAGUUGCUUAAGUUCGGCUCGGACUGACAGACUGGCCCAUUAGUUUGUUAUACUGGACCAGGUUGAUGAUAUAACCGAUUGUCUACCCAAAAAGUGGGUCUGACCCUUAGCCUUUUGGGCUAUUUGCAGCAAACCAUUUGACGAGGCUUUGCUGAGACUACAAAGUUGUGCGUCAGUCAGCUGAUUUUAGGUUACAGUCAAAUAAGAGCCCGUUCUUGGUUGGACGUGAAGAGAGGGUAGUGUAAUGAUAGCUUGGGCUCUUACGACUUUAUGGAAGGUUCUCUAAAGCUUCUGGAUGAAUCUGUUGUGAACAAAGGUUACAAAC